AUCCAUUUGCCCAGAUUUCUUCCACAAGCUCAUCGAAUUCAUUAUAAGAGUUAUGGAGAAUGGUGGUCAGUAUGAUAAUGGGAGGUUCAAGCCCGAUUACUUCAAAGGUGCACAAUCUAUGUGGAAUAUGAUGCCUCAGCAUCAGAUUAAGGAACAACAUAAUGCCUUGGUGAUGAAUAAGAAGAUCAUGUCUAUCCUUGCCGAGAGGGACGCUGCUGUACAUGAAAGGAAUCAAGCUGUCUCUGCUAAAAAGGAAGCAGUAGCUGAUCGGGACGAAGCGCUUCAGCAACGGGACAAAGCUCUUUCUGAAAGAGAUAAAGCCUUGAUAGAGAGAGAUAAUGCGUAUGCUGCGCUUCAACACCAUGAAAAUAGUCUCAACUUUGCUUUGUCUGGUGGGAAGCGCGUUGAUGGAGAUGAUUGUUUCGGUAUUGGAGAACCCCACAAACUCCAUGUCGUCCCUUUAUCAACUAUUCCGCCCGAUGUUACCAAUAGUACGAAGGUGACAAAAAGGAAGAAGGAGAACAAGCAGGGACAAUCAAAGGUGAAGAAAGUGGGUGAAGAUCUGAACCGUCGAGUUGCUGCUCCUGGAAAGAAAUCUAGAACAGAUUGGGACAGUCAAGAUGUCGGUUUGAACUUAGUCACCUUCGAUGAGACGACAAUGCCUGUACCCAUGUGUACAUGCACCGGCUCUGCUCAUCAGUGUUACAAAUGGGGAAAUGGCGGCUGGCAAUCGUCUUGCUGCACAACCACCUUAUCCCAAUAUCCAUUACCGCAGAUGCCAAACAAGAGGCAUUCUCGGAUGGGCGGUAGGAAAAUGAGCGGAAACGUUUUUUCGAGAUUACUCAGCCGUUUAGCAGCAGAAGGAUAUGAUCUCUCGUGUCCUGUUGAUCUUAAAGACUAUUGGGCUAGGCACGGGACAAACCGCUACAUCACUAUCAAGUAGCCUCUGUUGUCUACACAGUCCAAGUAUGUUUAUCUCGUCUUCUUAAGAUUAGGUGUUGUCUUUGUCUUUAUUGUCCAUAGUUGUUCGUUGUUGUGUAUGGUAAAACCAUUAUUAUGUAUCUUUUGAAUGAGCAAAAAUGGAUUGACAUAAGAAAUCUGUGUUUCGACCUCAAAAAAUAAAUAAAAAUCUUAACAGUUA